UCUGUCACGAUAUCAGCUUUCAACUGAAGAUCGCCUUUCCUAUUCUCUUGAAUACUGUGUUGUCGCACCAGGCUGUGAGUACAAGGAUGACGUCAGCGUUCGCCUAGCUACACGUCCAAUCCAGCCACACCUCGCCAACUCCAUUCCAUAUCACAGCUACGGUCUUGCCAACAUGCCUGGGCACCUUGACAAGUUGCUUGAGAAGGGUAAAGCGAAACUGAAAGAAUACACCGGCUCCUCAUCCCAUCACACUCACGGCGGCUAUCCCGGUCAACAACCUCAACAUAACUACACACCCCAAUACCCAGGGUAUCCUCAACAGCAUACCCAGCAUCCACCUCCUCCAUCACCCUACAAUACACAACCCACAGCACCGCAACAGCAAUCCUACAAUGGUCCCCCAACGUGGGGCCCUCCUCAACAACAAUGGGGACAACCCUCUCCGAAUCAAUGGGCCCAGGCGCCUCAGCAGCAACAACCAUUUACCCCGCCCAUCCCUUCACACAGCAAGCCUCAACUUUCCCAACCUCCGGCACCCGCCCAUCCACAAUCUUCUCCCGGACUAAAGGUGUACUGGCAGGCCACAUUCGACGCAUCAAGUCCUGUGACUCUCAACUUCCGACAUGAGCUCGGCGACCACGGCUGGGGCAACAACGAAAAACAAAACUACGUCGACUCUCCGGCGAACGCGUUCCAUCAUGACGGACGACUCAUUGUUAGGGGGUUGGUACAGAACGGGAGCUAUACAAGCGCCCGUCUGACCUCGCACCAGACGUUGUCAAGGCCGCGCGGGUACCUGACCGCUACCAUCCUCCCGCCUUGCGCCGAAGGCAUCUGGCCGGCAUAUUGGCUGCUUCCAAAGGAUCCAUUCGAGUGGCCCAAUGACGGAGAGAUUGACAUCUUCGAGAGCUGGAACGGCGACUGUCAAAACCAUUCUUGCCUGCACUGGGGCCAUUACAACGGCGAAGACUGGAAUAAACAUCGCGUGCUGGAGACGCAAUUGCCAGAUAUGUCGCAUCGCCCGCACACCUUUGGUUUUGCAUGGAUGGAAGAGGAGGGUAUUCCGGGGUGGCGGGGUAGGAUGAUCUGGUACAUUGAUGGUCGGCCGGUGAUGAAGGCCAACAUCCCGCAAGGUACACGAAGAAUGGAGGAUUACAGGAUCAUCAUCAAUAUUGCCAUGGGUGGUAAUGUGUGUGAUGGAAAUUUGCCAAAGGACGGUUACUACGAUCUCAUCGUCAGCGAUUUGAAGAUGUGCGAGGAGCCUCUAGGCGGCUGGGGCCAGUUUGAAAGAGCGUGGAGUCAGACUGCGGAGGGGAAGACGAUGUAGGAGGUCUUUAUUUACUGCAGGUGGGAAUCUCGGUUGUGUAUUCUCUUCAGUGAUGUCGCCGCACCUUAUUAGCCCCAGAUACUAAUCAUAAUGGAGACAGUGUUCACGGUUUCUGCUCACAUAGCAUAGCAUACUGUGGUUUUCCAAAUUCAGAGAAUCGUCGGAGAUACGUACUAUUGCGACAUCCGUAUCUCCGCCAGCUGUAUCUCUGCUGACAUAUUCAUCGUUGGGCCCAUCCAAUGAUGACUGCGAGAAACCCGAGAUAAAACAACCAAAACCUCGCAAUUGGGUAAGCGUCGGGAUUAGAAAACUACUGUAGUAUUAGCGUAGGAUAAAUUUCCGCGCUACCGUACAAAUAUGUAUGGGAAUAGGGAAAUUCGGGCGAAUGAUUUGUAAUACCAC